UUUGAGGACGCUGGCGGAUUUUGAAAAGACACGUCAGCCGAAAUUCAAAUAACGGAAUAUCACAGCCACACUCCUUUUACAGUUUCUCAUUGAGCAAAUAUUCAUGGGUAAAUUGAAAGUAGGAGACGAAGCACCUGACUUUGAAUUGAAGGAUCAAGACGGUAAUACCAUAAAAUUCAGUGACUUGAAAGGGAAGUAUCCAGUAGUUCUUUUCUUUUAUCCCAAGGACAAGUCAUAUGGCUGUACACGUGAAGCUUGUACUUUCCGUGAUAGUAUGUCCGAGUUUAAUGAGCUGAAUGCAAAAGUUUUCGGUAUCAGUUCUGAUAGCGUAGAGACUCACAAGUCGUUUGCGGAACAACAAAAGUUGACUUUUCCUCUGCUAUCUGAUGUAGGUGGUAAAGUUCGAAAGCUCUACGGCGUACCAAGCACUAUGUUUAUAAUGCCUGGUCGUUGUACUUACGUAAUUGGUCCGGAUGGUAUCGUGCGCCAUAUUUACAGUAGUCAAGUGAAUUUCGCCAAUCACGUUUCCGAAGCAAAAACUGCGUUAGAAAAGAUUCGAGCCAACGCAGAAACAGCGGAAGAAUAGUAAUCUGUUGCUCAAUGAAAUAUAUUGUGACGAGGAGAAUACCAGUCAUGUGUUUCGGCUGGGUUGAGAAAUUGCUUGCUUCUCGUGUUGCUUUAGUUUGUUGGUAAAACGUUUGUUUUUCGUUGUGUUUGUAACUCUUUCAAAU